CACAAAUACUACAGCUUGUGUAUAUCUUUACACAUCUAUGUAUUUCUUUAUUUCUAUAUAUCUGAUAUCUCUAAAUAUCUCAAUUGCCAGCUUAUCUGUUUCUAUAUAACUAUAUCUAUAGAUUUCAUUUUCUGUAUCUAGCUACAACUACCUAGGUACUGGUAAAGUGAAAUGGAAGAGUUCGAUGGGGGAUUCAUGGACGGACGACACCAAGCAAAGACAGUUAAAACAAGGAUGGAGGCUGCAUUAAAGAGGGAUGUAGAAAAGACGCAUCUUCAAAAGAUAUUAUCCGCCACAAGCAAUUUUUCUAGUGAAAAUCUCAUUAAGGACGAUGGAUCAGGAAAGUUGUACAAAGGACAACUCUUGCAAAAUGGGAAGUUAAUGAAUAUUGCAGUGUGGAGGUUAGAUCGUAAGUAUGGGAAUACAUACAUUGAGUUCAAGGCUGAGAUAUCAUUUCUUUCUAGUCUCCAGCACAAAAAUAUCAGCUCUAUAUUUGAGUAUUAUGACGGUGAUAAUGAAAAGAUAAUCAUUUACGAGGGGGCAUUUCAUGGUAUUUUGUACCAACACCUACAUGAUCCAACUCUUACAUGGUCCCGUAGACUACAAAUAUGUUUAGGUGUUGCACGUGCGUUGAAUUACAUCCAUUAUGAUGUCAUACAUUGUGACAUCAAUAGCUCUAAAAUUUUUUUAGAUGAAGAUUGGGAACCUAGGAUAUUCGGUUUUGGACUUUCCACAAAAUAUCCUCAAAGUUGGACGCAUCGCCUCCAUUUUUCUUGCUACUUUGACUCCACAAGCACUAUAACACCUAAAUAUGAUAUUUACUCUUACGGGGUAUUAUUGUUGGAAGUCCUUUGCGGGAAAAAAACAUCCGUUAAAGACAAUGGUGAUAAGGAGAAGUUAGAUGAGAUCAUUGAUCCUAAUCUAAAGAGACAAAUGGACACGCAAUCGUUGACACUAUUUUUGAAUAUAGCACAAAACUGCUUGAAUCAGCAACUUGUGGAGCGUCCAACUAUGGAUCAGAUUGUCAAAGAACUUGAGGAAGUGUUUGAACUUCAACUGAAUCAUGAAAAUCUUGAAAUUUUAGCCGAUGCAGGGGAUGGUGUAGCAUCUAACCACUUGAAGAUGGACCUUUUGGAGAUUCCGCUAAGCGAAAUAAAGUUGGCCACAAAUAAUUUUGAUGAAGAGAAUGUUGUAGGGUCAGGCGGGUAUGGUAUAGUAUACAGAGCAAAACUUGACGUGUUAGAUUUCCAAAGUUUGUCAUCAAUGGAAGGGAGAUGUAAAGAUGAGCUUCCCAGGAAAAGAAAAACUGUAGCUAUAAAACGCAUGUUCAGUAGAUCAGAUGAGCAAGGUAAAGAAGGGUUUUUGACAGAGAUUGAAUUACUUACAAGGUGUAAUCAUCCAAACAUAGUUUCUCUUCUUGGAUUUUGUAGAGAAGGCCAUGAAAUGAUUCUUGUAUAUGAGUAUGCUUUUAAAGGAAGCCUAAGUGAUUAUCUGGAAAGCACAAGUAAACAGAUUAAUUUUACUUGGUCACAAAGAAUACAAAUUUGUCUCGAUAUUGCACAUGGAAUUAAUUACCUUCACACCAAUAUGGAGGGUAAACCAAGGAUAAUACAUCGAGAUAUUAAGAGCCAAAAUAUUUUGCUGGAUGAGAAUUUUAAAGCAAAGGUUGCUGACUUUGGGCUCUCCAAAUUCCAUCCUAGCAAUCAACAAGCAAGCACUAUCUAUACCAGAAAUAUUGCUGGCACAGAGGUGUACAUGGAUCCUGAAUAUCUGACUACAUUUAAGUACAAAAAAGAAUCAGAUGUUUACUCAUUUGGAGUAGUUCUAUUCGAGAUCCUAUCAGGGAGAUUAGCCUAUGAUUCAAUUUAUAUGAUGGAAAAUAACAAAGGGCUUGCACCUAUUGUGCGACGGCGGUUCAAUGAAGGAACGUUAAAGGAAUUGAUAGAUCCUCAAAUAAUAGAGGAAGAUGAUGCACAAAUAUUUACUCUAAAUAGAGGGCCCAAUCAAGAUUCUUUUGACUCAUUUUCGAUAGUUGCAUAUCAAUGUUUGGCAGAAACUCAAGCCAAACGUCCAACAAUGGAGGCCGUCAUUAAAGAACUCAAGCAUGCAUUAAAAUUGCAAGGGGAAACCAUGGUACUCUCAAGGUUUAGGGUUAGUGAUAUAGCAUUUGCAACUGAGAAUUUUGCCAAAAAAUAUUGCUGUGGAAGAGACUCAAAUGGUCUGCUGUACAAAGCAGUACUCGAUCAUUCUGACAAAAAAAGUUUGUUGGCGAUAGAAGGGGAGAAUAAUGGUGUACCACUCAAGAGAUGCAUCAGCGUAGCUAUAAAACGUUUCUUUAAUAGAGAAGACGGGCGAGGAGAACAAGGGUUUUUUGAAGAAGUUGAAAUGCAUAUUAGUUAUAGGCAUCCUAACAUAGUCCCUAUUCUUGGUUUUUGUGACGAAGGUGAUGAUAAGAUCAUUGUCUACGAGCAUGCUUCUAACGGAAGCCUUGAUGACUAUCUGAGACGCACUGAUAACAUGAGUAAGCAUACAUGGACUCAACGUCUAUAUAAGUGCCUUGAGAUUGCAAGUGGACUCCGUCACCUACAUUACAUGAUGGACCGCAAGAAAGGGACGAUAGACGUUGACAUGAGGAGUGCCAAUAUUCUGCUAGGAAAAAAUUGGGAGGCGAAGAUUGCUUACUUUGGGAUCUCGAAAUUACUCUUGUCAAAUCAGAAGGGAAGCACAAACAUCUCCGAUAAUAAUGUACGCACAAAAGUAUACCACGGACCAGGUGAAUUGAAAAAUAAAUCAGACAUCUACUCGUUGGGAGUGAUUCUCUUUGAGAUCUUUUGUGGGAGGUUGGCUUACGAUCCAACAUAUAUAGUUGAAAACAAAAAUGGGCUUGCACCCAUUGUUUGCCGAUGCUUCAGUGAUGGAACAAUAAAGCAAAUUAUGGAUCCUACACUGAAGGAACACUAUGAUGAAGACAUAUUAACUUCAAAUAGACUACCUAUUCAAGAUUCACUUGACGCAUUCUUAAGUAUUGCAUAUCAAUGUUUGGCAGAAGUUCCAGCACAGCGUCCAACCAUAAAAAUUGUCAUCAAAAGACUUGAGAUAGCUCUUAACAUUCAAGAAAACCUCGUUAAAAGCCUCAAAAUUUCACUUAAAGCUGUUGAAUCAGCCACAGAAAACUUUUGUUUAAAGAAUUGUUUUGGGAGCGGAAGAUAUUGGAUGGCCUAUAAAGGAGUGGUUCCAUGUGCCGAUGCCUGUGCCGAUGCCAGUGCCAGUGCUAGUGCUACCGCUAGUGGGAGUUCCAACACGGAUGGCAUUGUUGCAAAACGGUGGGAUACCAAGUUUAGUCAAGCACAUCAUCAGUUUCAGACGGAACUUAAUAUUAUUUUCAAGCAUAAGCACGAGAAUAUCAUCGGUCUUGCAGGCUAUUGUAACGAAAUGGAUGAAAGGAUCAUCGUCUAUGAGAAUGCAUCUAAUGGAAGUCUUGAUAUGCAUUUGGAUGACGCUAGUCUAACAUGGAUUAUUAGACUCAAGAUAUGCAUUGGUGUUGCAUGCGGAUUGAAUUUCCUCCAUGAGGGUGCUGUAAUGCUAAAGAAGGUGGUACAUAGGAAUAUCCAAAGCCAUGCCAUUCUGCUACAUGAUGAUUGGAAGGCAAAAAUUUCAAAUUUGGAGUUGUCAUCAUUGGAUUCAUUGCCGCAGGACAUGGAACAUGUUAGCAAUAAUGCUUAUGGUGCAAACGGCUAUUUUGACCCAGAUAACAAACAAGGUUUCUUAACUGGAAAAUCUGAUGUAUAUUCAUUUGGUGUGGUUUUAUUUGAGAUCUUGUGUGGAAGAUUGGCAUGGGCUGAGGGCUGUAAGGAUCAUCCUCAAUCUUUCUCCUCGUUAUGUAAAAGGCAAUAUCUAGAAGGGAAAGUUGAAGAAAUGGUGCUCGAUGGUAUAAAAGAACAAAUUGGUCCAGAAUCAUUGGCUACAUUUGCAAAUAUUGCCUAUCGAUGCUUACAUGACAAGAGAGAAGAGCGGCCUACGGCAGGCGAUGUAUUAGUACAACUAAAGAAAGCGUUGGAGGUGCAAGAAGAUUAUGAAAAAUGGGAAGCGGGACUGCCUAAAGAAUACAAGGAAAUAAUCCAGAUGUCAGAAAUUCCCGAGGUCUACUCUACCACAAAGGGGAAGGAUCUUUAUGACAUACUCUCCAAGGGAAUCCUUACUCAUGAGGGCAAAGUGUGGUUUGCACUUGGAAGCAAUGGAAUAAGAAACGAAAUGGUAUCAGCAAGCCAAUUUUCAUAUGAAAAUCAUGGCUCACUUAAGUGGUUAUCUAUUCCAGAGUCAAGGUUUAGUAAAAUAGCGGAGAUAUCAGAUAUUUCGAAUUUGAAAAUCAAAAUAAAGAUAAGAACCCGAUCUUUAUCUGUGGGUGUCAAUUAUAGCGUUCAUCUUGUCCUCAAAUUUUGUGGUGCCAGAAAGUCUCCAACUAAACAAAUGUAUGUGAACCUAACAUACAAAAUGGGGAAUGAAACCUUACAUGCAUAUUUCGCAACAUGGAGCGAAGAUGGGUGGAUGCGGAUUGAAUUGUAUCGGUUCUUGAAUAACAAGGAAGAUACUGACUUUGAGUUUCUACUAGAGAGCUUUUCAAAAUGCUAUUGUGAAAGUGAUGUCAUCUAUGUUGAAGGCCUCGAGUGUCGAGCAAAUGACAAUGAGAAGCAUGACGAAAACAACAACUUAAAGGAAGCCCAACUAGUCCUUGCUCCAACCUCGAACAUAGAUCCAAUUCAACGUUUCGUAGCUAGUAUUCCUUUUGAUAUUUGUAGUACUUUGACUCACACAUGUCUAAAGUUGUUCAACCCAAGCAACAAGGAAAAAUAUUAUAGGGUUUCAGCAAUGGAUGCCAUUUUCGAUCCUUCAAAUGUGAAGCUUUUUAAUUCGAAACUCGAGACUCAAUACAGAUUCCAAAAGGCGAUUGAGAUUCUAUCAACGCAAGUAUUUCGUAUCAAGUACAUCAUUCAAAGCAACAGAUUGUUACCAAAUACAGAAUAUACGUGUUACCUUGUAUUCAAGCUAUCAGAAAAUCAUUGUAGGUUGCAUUGUCCGGUUAUAGUACAAGAUCUACGGCAGCCCGAAAACACACCGACCCGAAUUCUUUAUUUUAAAACCCCACACUCAUGGAAUUUAAACGACUUUACUCAAUGUCCAGAGGAGCGGGAUGAUGGAUGGAUGGAGGUUGAGGUUUGGAAAUUCAAAUCAAAGCCUCAUCAAGCGGAUAUUAAUAGUAUCUAUUGGGACGAUAUCAAUUUGAAACUUAAAAUAUAUGAAGGAACUAUGUACGGCCUUAUUGUAUGGGGCCUAGAGUUUCGUCCGAUGGAAGAAUAUAUAUGAUAGAAUUUGUAUCAUGUUUUGUACAUUUUAGUGUAUAUAAAAUGAGUUACCUCA